CUGCCGUUUGCGUUGUUCAUUUGCAAUUUACCUCUUGCGGUUUAUUUGAAAAAAAAAAAAAAAUCCACUCACGGGUGUUCUUGGAAUUUAACGUCAUCAAUAUUGCAAUAUUUGCAUAGAUGCCCGGAUCCUCCGACCCUCUCUCCCGUACCAGGGUUUCCACUUUUCAAGAAACCCCUACAGUACGGCCUCCGAAAGAGUAUGAAGCAUUGCGCCGCUAGGAGUAGGUGCAGUAGAGCCGGAGCUGAAGAUGGGAGACAGGGAUAAGGGCCGCGACCGAGAUCGCGAACGAGAUCGUGAACGAGAAAGAGAUAGAAGAAAAGAAAAGGAUGAUCGAGACCGUGAACGCAGCCGCAACAAACGCUCCCGUUCACCGGACCGUAUCCGAUCCCGCCACACCCGUUCCCGAACUCGCUCCCCGGACCGCCACCGCUCCCACUCCCGCUCCCCAGAUCGCCACCGCCGCCACCACCGCCACCGCUCUCCUUCCGCCGACCCUCCUCGGAAACGCCACCGCCACGAUGAUGGCGACAAGGACCGCCAGCGUGCUGCCGCCGCUGCAGUCUCCGACUUUGUGGACGGCAUUGCGAGGGAACAACAGCAGCAGAAGCAACGGGGCUCCGCUGAGGGCGACGGUGGCGAUGUCGAUGUUGACGCUGAUGAGAUUGAGCUUAUGAAGAGGAUGGGGAUCCCUGUUGGCUUUGAUUCUACGAAAGGGAAGCCAGUGCCGGGUGCCGAUGUCAGUGGCGUGAGAGCUGUGACGAAGCGGCAGCCGCGGCAGUAUAUGAAUAGAAGAGGCGGGUUCAAUCGGCCUUUGCCUGCUGAGCGGAAUCGUUAGUUUGAUUGAUUUUUUUGAGAGGAGGGGAGUGUCUCCGAGCAAGAACUGAAUCGCGUGGUGUCCUGGACGACUCAGAUGCUUGGAACUCAUUUAGACUUGAACGAGACAUCCUUUGUGAGGUCCGCUGACUUCUCCUUUUCCAGUAAACGGUGCAGUAUCUGCUUUUGGGUCUUGCUCGUCUAUCAUCAUUGUAUUGUAUUUGAUUCAGCAAGAUAUUGAUUGUUGCUGAUCGUGAUGAUUGGAUAUUUAAUCUAAUGUAAUAUCUGGUUUUGAUAUAAUCAAUGUGUGGUUGGGCUGA